GGCUGCGUCACGCCAGAUUUCCUAGCCGACCACGUCGGCCCUCUCAACACGCUCGCUCCCGCAGCAGGCAUCACAGCUCUGUUGGCGUACUACUGGAUUGCCGUCGAUUCAACAGCAGGUAUCACUGUCCUUUGCAUCUUUUACGGAUCCUUUUCUUACGGCUUCGUGUCCCUUCCUCCAGUCGUCAUGACAGCUUUAACCAAAGAUCUCCGAGACUUGGGCACUCGUCUCGGCAUGUUCUUUGCAGUUGCAUCGAUAGCAUUGCUGAUUGGAACACCAAUUGGCGGCGCAAUCCUCACAAGCACAAACAGCUACCUCGGCGUCCAAAUAUUUUGCGGUAGCUGUCUUGCAAUCUGCUUUCUCAUUACUUGCUCUACUAGGUUUUUACGCAGUGGUAUUUCACUUCGUUACCAAACAUAG